CAUGUUGGAUUUAGGGGGCGUUCCUGCGUUGGCUCUAAGGGAGGAACUUGACACUGAGUCUGACUAUGGUCAGUUCUCUUCCCGGUAGUCUUCUUCCCAGCGGGGGAGCAAAAUUAUGUUGAACUUAGACAUACUUUGGAUUUUAGUCAGCUGCUCCUUACUUCCGCGCAACUUAAAAAACUCGCAGACAGAUAUUUCUAGUUAGGAAAAAAAGAAAAAGAAAAAAAAAGUGGGUGUUGCAUAGUGAAGUGGAGACCGCCAGUCCCGGGGCAGGUCCUGACAUUGCGUCGCCAAGAGUCCGGAGGCUGAGGUUUUUUAGUGUGGACACUUCUGGGAAACUCUCCAAAGCGCAGAUUUGCCAACGAGGGGAAACCUGGGGAGAGACACGUUUUUUCUGUCCGGUCUCCGGUUUCCAGCGACGCUUCUUGCAUUUUAUCCAAGGUUCCUUCCCCAGAGGAUCACCUCACGGUUUGCUGGGAAUAAACAAUGCCUGAGGAUUAAGCGGAUGGGGAGUUAUUAAGUUAUUAGGAACCAAACAAGCCGUGUUUCAUUAUUUUUUGGAGAUGUGACGGGGUCUUCAUUCAUUUUAUCCGGUGCUGAGGGAUUAUUUAAGUCCACCUUUGGUUGUUUGUGCAGCAGAGAUGAUCUAUACUCCUAAUCUCCUGUUAUUAUAGGCAGCUUGAAAACGGAUGUGUUAUUGAGAUGAAGUUGAUAUAAGCGUUUUGCGCACUGUCUUACUCGGCUCUUCUGUCAAACAAAGAGCAGACAGAGAAGUGUCUUUCCUCAGCAGAAGGCAUGCUCUGAAAGUUACCACUGGUUGACUGUUCUGCCGCUCCUGCGCACUGUACAUCUUCAUCUGGAAUUAAUUGAUUUAAACGAACCCAAAUGCACUAAAGACGCGACAGGAUCGAGGCUCCACCACUGGAUCUUUAUCUUUCCCGGAGCGAUUGUUCAGUCUACUUUAUUUUAUUUUUGACAUCUCAGCAGAAUGAGGGGAUUAGUUCUGAGUUUAGCUCUCAUAUACUUGCUAACCUGGACUCAGGCUGACAAACAGACUCACCUCAAGCGGGUGCAGUUGCACCGACGCACCAGGCAGGGACGCGGCCAGCUGGUCGGAGCGGAGAAAGAGCGACUGAUCGGGCGUCUGCGCCCUGGAUAUGGUUCGGCAAUCUCGGUGCACAGCUCCACGAAGGGAGAGGAUGUGCAGGCCGAUGAGGGCAUUCCAGUUCGUGCCAGGACUGGGGCGACACAGGGCAAAAGAGCAAGAGGUCAAAGUCUGAUGCAGAGCAGAGGGGCAGCCGGACAGAUUGGCCUACCUCGUCAGGCAGGUAUGCUUCAAGAUGAGGGCACUCCAGGAGCGAGGGCCAGGGUUGCCAGGAUGCCCAGCAGCACAGGGUCUCCAAAUCUGUUGGCCAGUUUUGCAGGGAAGAACCGGGUGCUGGUGAUCUCUGCACCCCAUGACUCAGACGGCUACUACCGCCUGAUGAUGUCUCUCCUGAAACCUGAUGUCUACUGUGAGCUGGCAGAGAGACACGUCCACCAGAUUGUCAUGUUCCACCAGGAAGGAGAGAUGGGGGGCAAGGUCAGAAGGAUCACCACAGAGGGGAAGGUGAUGGAGGAGCCCCUGGAUACCGCUCUUAUCCCCAGACUCAUGAGCUUUCUCAAGCUGGAGAAAGGUAAGUUUGGAAUGGUGCUGCUGAAGAAGACCCUGCAGGUGGAGGAGAGGUACCCCUACCCAGUGAGGCUGGAGGCCAUGUACGAGGUCAUCGACCAAUCACCCAUGAGGAAGCUGGAGAAGCUUCGCCAGAAAGGAUUCGUCCAGAAGUGUAAAGGGGCAGGUGUGGAAGGUCAGGUAGAGGAGGGCACACUGACAGUUCCUGACAUGCCUGUAGAGAGAAAACCUGUAAAGAAGAUCUUGAGAAAGCCUCCGCAGACAACCACCACCACCACCACCACAACUACUACCCAACCAGCCACAACGACUACAACCACCACAACGACCAGACCCACGACAACCACAACCCGAGCAACAACAACCACAACAAAAGCUACAACAACAACAACCAAACCCACCACUACCACCACCAGAAGAACCACCACCACAACGAAAAGACCCACCACCACCAUCGCGACUACCGCCGCCACCACCACGACCACCACCACGACCACCACCACCCAGAGACCAACCAGAGGCCACACCACAGCUGUGUUGCUCCCAGCCCCCAGAACUACCACUGAUCCCAACUACUACAGUCGCAGAGAGCGAGAGCGGCACCCGGCUAAGACCACACCGACUGGAGAUAACCGCACUGACAAGGACGGCAGAGAUCCGCACGGCCGUAAGCUGGUCCCUGCCACGCAGAAACCCUCUAAGACCAAAACCAGCAAGAGGAAAAAUGGAGGAGAGAAGGUGCUGACCAAUGAGUACGAGGACAGGUACGAACCUAGCAAGCCAACGGCGAGCAACCCUGAGGAUACAGAGGCCUUCACUGAUGUCAGUCCAACCAAGAAGGCCAAAGGCAAGCAUGACAAGAAGAGGAAGAAGAAUGACAAGGCCGCCAAGAAGCAGGACAGGAGAGGAGGAAAAACAGGGAAGGAUGGAAAGAUCGGGGGAAAGAAGAAUGGAAAGAAGAUGUCAAAGUACCCAGAGAAAGAGGACUUCCCGAAACCCACAAAGAAGCCGACACCCCCCCCGAAAGGCUCCCUGGCAUCCUUCCUGGAUUACUUUGAGAACCGGAGGCGACUGCUGCUGAUUACGUCCCCCAGUGAGGAGAACAGUAUGUAUGUGCAGCAGAGGGACGAGUACCUGGAGUCUGUGUGUGAGAUGGCCAUUAGGAAAGUCUCUAUUAUCACCAUCUUUGGUUCCUUGGCCAACUCCACCAUGAAAAUUGACCACUACCAGAUAGAGAAUGAUAAGCCUAUGAAGGGUCUCCGUCAGGAGGACCUGGUGAACCAGGAUCUGAUCACAGAGCUCAGGAAAGAGUUUAGCAUGACAUACGAUGAGUUCUACAUGGUCCUCACCGACACCGACAUGAGAGUCAAGCAAUCCUACGAGGUUCCCAUUGCCAUGAAGGCUGUGUUCGACUAUGUCGACACAUUCUCAUCCCGCAUCCGAGAGAUGGAGCAGCAGAAGAGAGAUGGGGUCGUCUGCAAGAAAGAGGACAAGCCCAGGUCCUUGGAGAACUUCCUGUCCAGGUUCCGUUGGAGACGUCGCCUGUUCAUCAUCUCUGCUCCCAGCGAUGAGGAGUGGGCCUACCAGCAGCAACUCUACGCCCUGAGCAGCCAGGCCUGCAAUCUGGGUCUGAGGCACAUUGCUGUCCUGAAGUUGGUUGGCACUGAGUCGCCAGAUAUGGGUGGAGUCCUGGAGCUCUAUCCGAUCAAUGGGAGUGCUACUGUGGAGCGAGAAGGUAUUUCAGGCAGUCUUGUGAAGGACAUGAGGAACUACUUCCAGGUGAGCCCAGAGUACUUCUCCAUGCUGCUGGUGGGAAAGGAUGGCAACGUAAAGUCCUGGUACCCGUCACCCAUGUGGUCCAUGGCUAUCAUCUACGAUCUGGUGGACUCCAUGCAGCUCCGCAGGCAGGAGAUGGCCAUCCAGCAGUCGCUCGGAAUGCGCUGCCCUGAAGACGAGUACGGUGGCUAUGGUUACCAUCAGCACGGAUAUGAGCAUGGUUACCAGGACGGCUAUCACCAGGGGUAUGGUUACUAACAGGUGUGUGCAGCUGGUCCUCUACCCAUCCUCCACCAGGCAGUUGUCACAGAUGGAAUGAGCUCCUCCAAUGUUUUGUAGCACUUAGUGAAAGCAUCAGCACUGCUUUCACCUACCCAUUCGUUUGAUAUACACUAUAUAGCAUAGUCAGCUCCAGGUAUCGGUAUCAUUUCAUUAACCAGAUCUCAUUAAAAAGUGCGGUGAGGAUACAGUUUCCAGGGUGUCUCUCAUCAUCAUUACUUUCUUCCAGGUCAAACUGACACAUUUAUAAACUUCACCACAGACCUUUAUUUUGUAGAUAAUGGCCUAAAAAUGAUAUUUAUUGGACAUGUGUUGCAUUUGAGGUGCUAUAUAUAUAUAUACACACACACACAUUAUUUCUUGUAAAGUUUCUGUUGCUAUCCAGUGUUCUUAUUUAUACUCCAUUGGCUCUAUGACAAAUAAACAUUUGUUUACUAUCA